UUAAAAGGGAGGUGGGAUCACUUGACAGGAAUGCCUCAGAACUGUGAGAGUGGCCCAUGCAGCUGGGAGUGGAUACAGUGGGUUAACCUUAAUGCUGAAUGAGAGGGUGUGAGAGUGUGGGCCACAACUUCUUCACACACAACACUUUCAGAGAGCACAGGACUGAGAGAGAGAGAGAGAGAGAGAUAGAGAAAGGCAGAGAAAGAGAUGCUGCAGUAACACCACUGCUGGAGGGUGCUUGACCUCACACUUUGUGUUAAGUUAUAGACCAACACUCCGAAGCAGUGGAAGAGAAGUUUUGCGAGUGAGUGUGUGAUUUGUCAGGAUUGACUCCGCAAAAUGACGAUGUGUGUGUGAAAACAAACGCUAAAGUGGACGUUUCCCACACAGACUUGUGUCAGCGCCAGCCAGCUGCCUCACUGAGGGACUUCUGCUUUACACUGGGUGUGUGUGGUGGUGUUUGUGUGUGAGUGACUUCAAACCUUCAUUUCUGAUUCAGCAUGGAUCAACCAGCUAGCAGCUGCAUGCGGAGCUCUCAUCCUGGCAGUGCUCUUUGGGGAUGUGCCAGAGCCCCUCACCCUGCCAGUGUCUCCGGAGGCGGUCUACAGCCCUACCAGCAGGCCUCCUUCUCCCUGCAUCAGAAACCCGACUUCCUGGCCUACACAGACUUCUCCAGCUCGUGCCUGGUGCCAGCGCCUCACUCAUACCCACGAGACGAGAGACUGUACCAGGAGGCGCAAGGCGUAUACCAGCGGGCAGAGUGGCAGUUCAGCCCAUGUGAGCCACGUGGCAGGGGCCAGGAGCCAUGCCAUCCAGCUGCCGUGACAGUCGGAGCAGCCGGAGGAACAGACAUGGGCAGUGCAGGAGCAGACAGGCUGCCCGAGACAGUGACACCAGGGCUAGAAGGAGAUUACUCACCUCAGAGCAUAGCCACAACUGAUACAGAGAAGAAGAGCUGCAAGAGGAAACGAGAACUCACAGAUAUCCAGGACUCCGGAUUUAAGCCUGACUCAAACUGCAAGGCAAGGAAGGAAAGGACAGCCUUCACUAAGGAGCAGCUGAGAGAGCUGGAGGCUGAGUUCACUCAUCACAACUACCUGACCCGCCUGCGCCGCUAUGAAAUUGCCGUUAACUUGGAUCUCACCGAGAGACAGGUAAAGGUGUGGUUUCAGAACAGACGUAUGAAAUGGAAGAGGGUGAAAGGUGGUCAGCCUGCUUCCCCUCAUGACCUGGAAGCAGAUGAGUUGGAUUCUGCAGCCUCACCCAGCUCUGAGUGAUGACCUUGACUUCCACCUUCACUUAGAGACACAUCCAGGGAUCCCAGGCUGCUACAGAGGAGCCAUAAAUAUGAAACGAAAUUAACAUGAUGUCAGGUUUUCCACCAGUCUCUUCACACAUUCAGAUAAACUGUUUCAUGGAGGGAAUUUUUUUUUUGGAUGGACAGCAUUCUCAAGGGCCAUUGGUGUGGACAUGCUACUAAAGUGAAACUCACAUAUUUACAUUAUCCACUUACAAACUGUGAAAUUCAUACCAGAGAAUAUAUUUGUCAAACAUAAAUUUGAUCCAUAUUCAUUGUUCAAGUUGUGUUUAAUAGCUUUCACCUCCAGUGAUGACAGUGGCAGAUACAGUGGCAGAAGCUUGAAAGCCGCCAGUUACAGGAUCACAGGAUCCCUCAUAAUCUGAGGAUUGCUCAUCCGAUGCCAAUGCACCAGGCCCCAAUGUUACAUUUCUUUGUUUUUAUUAUAAGUCUUGCUGUCAAGUUGUUCUUAGAAUAUACUUUUUCUAUUGAA